UUUUUUUAAAUUAAUUUUGUUGCGUCGUCUUCUUCAUUUUCGUAGUUUAUGGGUUUUUCUUUCUCCCUGUGAUCUCAGAUUCUCUGGAUUAUUAUCUUUUCGUUUUCCUUUCCAUUUCCUUUCUCCGGCGAUUCUCUCUCUUUCUCUCCCCAAGCACGCCAGAUAAGGUAUCAACCGCUUCCUAUUUUUCUCCGUUUUGGGUUUUUUCCCCAUCACAUCGUCCAAUCUCACAGAUCCAGUCGUUCGUCUCAGGGCUUUCUUGUUGGAAUUCGAGCUCUCGAAGGUUAACGGACAUGGCGGAAGAGCACAGAUUCCAGGCUCCGCGUUUAUGCGCCAACAACUGCGGCUUCUUCGGCAGCCCCGCGACGCAAAACCUCUGCUCCAAAUGCUUCCGCGACCUCCAGUUUAAACAACAAAACUCAUCCUCCGCCAAACACGCCCUCAACCAAACCCUAGCCUCCGCAUCCUCCUCCGCCGCGUCGCCGUCGUCCAUCUUGGCCAUCGACGCGAAGGAGCCCGGGGUCGAUCAAUCGAAGCCAGAGGAGCCAGCAGCGAUGGCUCAGCCUCAGCCGCAGCCUCCGCAGGACCCGAACCGGUGCUCGACUUGCCGGCGGCGCGUGGGGCUAACGGGGUUCAAGUGCAGGUGCGGGUUCGUGUACUGUGGGUCUCAUAGGUACCCUGAGCAGCACCAUUGCUCCUUCGAUUUCAAGGGGAUGGGGAAGGAGCAGAUCGCCAAGGCCAAUCCCAUCGUCAAAGCUGAGAAACUGGAAAAGAUAUGAAAUCGAAGCAAGUUAUUAAAUUUGAGAAGGCUUAGAGAAAUGUUCUAUGGGGCCUGCUUGUUUCUCGGGAAAAUUCCAUCUUUAAGGCUCAUGAACACGCUUGUAAAUUCAACCGACAUUUCCAUAUCUAUUAUAAGCUUAUUUCUAUGAACCGCACAUCCUGCUUCGAUU